CAUUUAGUUUACGUUGAACCCUUGUCGAGACCACAACUGUGCGCUUGUUUCGCUGAAUCUCGGAAAAUCUGCCGGUUUCAUACAUCUCCAAGAUCCGUGGGGAUAUAAAAUUUCAAAGUGUUUGAGGUCACGUGUGAAGACGGUGUUUACGACCAAGGCUUGGAAAAGUGAAAGGUGACGCCGUGUGUUCAGUCGCGUCUGUGAGAUUGGGACAACUCUUCUGCUGCCAAUAAUUCCAAUUGUUUGAUCCGUUUGUUCGACAAGUGGGAACAACCCUGUUUUUAUGCGAUAAGUAAUGUGACUAGACUACCAGUGUUUCAUCAGUUGUUUAGUAUUUAAUCGAUUGAGUUUGUAUUGCAUCUCUUGCGCAGGGUUUUGAAAACCCCGAAAAAUCAUCGUGAAAAUACCCGGGUCACUUUCUGCCAGUUGUUACUUUGCUUGAAUUGGAAUGCUCGUCGUGAGUGAGGCCAAAUAAGACGGAAAACCCAUCGCUAAAGUGAGUGAGUAAAAAAGUGCGUCUUUCCACUUACAGACUUAUUCGAUUGGGUCCACGGAGGGCGAAACGGUAUGCUGUGAAGUGGAGUGAUAAACCAAGUGACAGUUCAUCCUGGGGUCACGCUCAAUCCCUCGGGUCGAUCUUAUCCCCUUCGUCCUUGAAGCUUGAGAUAGGUCAGGUUCAAAACUACCCAAACUUUUACUCUGUCAGAGUAGGAUUGUCCUAAGGAACUUUUGGGGAGUCCUCAUGCAUUUAUCGUCUAAACUGAUGGAAUGACUUACAAAUUGUUUGAAGGCGAAUAUUAUUAUUAUUGCUAAAACAACAUAAGUGACCAACCAGAAAAUUUUGACCACGAUCUCGAUUACCACUAAAAACAAAACCAAACGCAAACCAACCAAAUACCACCACCGCUUCGGAAUAAUAAAACUAAGAGAUCCAACUGAACGUAGAGAGAGAGAGAAAGACCGCAACCAUUUCCUGAUUUCAAAUUCUCCAAAUUCCAACCACGUCACGGAACGUCACUCGCGACAUAAACUGAAAUUGUGGUGGUGAUUCCUGCUAUAAUUUAUCCUCGCCGUCUUUUUGCAUGAGCUUUCAUGUACCUACAACUUCUUCUUUGUGAAUAGGAGAAACCAAAGCAAACCGAGGCGACGACCACAACACAUUCAUACAUAGACAGAUAGGUGCCAAACCGUUCUUGUUCACCAGAACAUUGUUCUUUAUCAGUUUGAACAUUAGACAUAGUUGGAAAAAUUACGAAUUUGGAGAUUAGAUUCAUAUUAAUAUUUUCAGCACUUUAGUGGGAACUGCAAUGUUGUUAUGAUUGCUUAAUUACUUGAAUUUGGAUUACUACGCACACCGCACCACCGGAAAGGUGUAUUAUGGCAAGUGGCAUCAUUGUGGUGGACGUCGUGGUGAAAAUUAAUUAGUGCAGUGUGAUUGCCGUUGAUGUGAUGAACGUACUUGUGCGUCCUUAUUGCUCAUGCAGAAUUUGGGUGCAUUGGAUGAUGAUGACAACAAUUCUGUAAGCAACCCGAAACUGGAAACAAUUAAGGGAAUAAUAUACUCUCUUAUUGAUUUUGGACGAAGAAUCAUAAAGUUUAAUUUAUAACUUGUUUGACAUACUUAUGUGCAUCAAAAACUCAAGUGUACAUUGCAUACUAAGCAUAAGCCAGUGGUUUGCUGAUGGAAUUAAAUUGUUUACUGCAUUACCUAAUGUAGUUCCCUUGUCCAAUGAAUAUUUUAUGAUGGUGCCCGUUUAGAUUAUGCCGUGGUUCAGAAAUUUGCAAUAACUUUGCAAAUGUUUGUUUGAGUUCUACUUUGACAUACUAAAUAAUAUUGGGUCAUUUAAAAACGACGGUUAUCUAAGAUAUCAGCACUACAUAUAAAAAAACUGUAUAUAAAAACAAUAGACUUUCUCGUCCCAACUUCAUCCACGCGAUACAAAAGUCCAAAUAAAUACAUACCAAGAAUCUACAUUACAACUUUUUUUUAGUGUUGUGGGUUCAACUGAUCCAACGUGCAAAGUGUGUAGUGCGACCUAGUUUAUUAAUUUUUUCUGGAGAAAGCACCCUGAGUGCCGAUUCCCUUGUGUGAUGUCCGUGUAGUGUAAAAUGUACGCCGGAGGAAUGAAUGCAGCUGUCGCCGCGGCCGCUGCCCGCCACCCGGGUCCCCCACAACCAGGUCAACCCUUUAAAUUGAGUAUACAAGAAUCAUGCGAGAGGAUCAAGGAAGAGUUCAACUUUCUCCAGGCACAGUAUCACAAUUUAAAACUGGAAUGCGAGAAAUUAGCCAGUGAGAAGAUAGAGAUACAACGACAUUACGUCAUGUAUUACGAGAUGUCGUACGGCCUGAACGUUGAAAUGCACAAACAGACCGAGAUUUCCAAACGAUUGAAUGCGAUAAUAGCCCAAAUCCUUCCAUUCUUAUCACAAGAGCAUCAAAAUCAAGUAGCCACUGCUGUGGACAGAGCAAAACAAGUGACGAUGACGGAACUCAACGCUAUAAUUGGGCAGCAGCAACGUCCAGAUCUCCCUAGACUUUUGCAACAAAUGCAUGCGCAGCAACUUGGACCUGCAGCGGCUGCAGGUCACCCUCCUCUCCCCAUGUUGCCACACCCAGGCUUGGGGCCCGGGUUGCCACCAUCCUCGGCGGCCUCGCUCCUCGGUCUCACUGGGCUGGGUGGGGCCCCACACCCGCUCGCCAUACUUAACGCCAAACAUGAUCUCCAUCGGGGGGAGGACAAACAGCCAGCUUUGGAAGAUCGUCAUUCCAGCAAGGGGGGCGAUUCUGGCCGUGCUUCAGCAUCCGACAGUGAAAAAGGAUCUUACAAGAAGAUGAAGCAGGAAGGGAGAAAGAGAAACUCGCUCUCUCCCAGUGACCGAGACAGAGUGAGACCACGAAGCAGUCCGGACUCGGAGCCAAAGCGGCCCAAGAGGGAGGACAAACACGAUAGUGAUGGUGAGAAGAGUGAUCAGGACUUGGUUGUCGAUGAUACUAAUGAGGACCCACUCACACCUCCUCCGAAUGGAAAUGGGACAAGCUCUCCAAGAGAAAACGGGAUUGACAAGAAAAAUAAUAAGGACCACAGUUUACCUCCACAUAGUCCGCGGAGUGGGGGAUCGUCUAAUUCAAGCACACCCUCGAGUCACAAGAAGGACGAUAAGCCCACCACUCCCACUGGGAAAUCAACCACACCCAACUCGGGAUCCCAUUCGAGCUCGUCAAGUAUCAAGCCUAUGGCCCGUGCCACACCCUUGGACCCUUUCUUUUUCCCAGGACCUGCCCCCGCAUACCUCCACAACAGCAUCAGUCCCUCUCUGAACAGCUAUGCAAGACCUCCGUUGUCUUUGAUGAAUAUUAUGCAGGGAUAUGAUCCUCAUUCCGCCAUGAGAGGUGCCCUUGGUCCUGGGGGAAUACCCGGCAUAGGCAUUCCCGGAGGCAAACCGGCUUAUUCUUUUCACGUUUCUGCUGAAGGACAAAUGCAGCCCGUACCUUUCCCUCCAGACGCCCUAGUCGGACCAGGUAUCCCUCGCCAUGCUCGACAAAUCAACACUUUAGCCCACGGCGAAGUAGUUUGUGCAGUGACGAUUAGCAACCCCACAAAAUAUGUGUAUACUGGAGGCAAAGGAUGUGUAAAAGUUUGGGACAUUAGUCAACCUGGCUCGAAAACACCAGUGUCCCAAUUGGACUGUCUGCAAAGGGACAAUUAUAUCCGAUCUGUGAAACUAUUGCCGGAUGGAAGGACGCUGAUUGUGGGUGGGGAAGCAAGCAAUUUGUCCAUUUGGGAUUUGGCUAGUCCUACCCCUCGUAUUAAGGCUGAACUCAAUUCCUCUGCUCCUGCCUGUUAUGCACUUGCCAUUUCUCCAGACUCGAAAGUGUGCUUCAGCUGCUGCAGUGACGGCAAUAUUGCCGUUUGGGAUCUCCACAACCAAACCCUCGUGCGACAAUUUCAAGGUCACACCGACGGUGCCAGUUGCAUAGAUAUUUCUGCGGAUGGUUCGAAACUGUGGACGGGUGGGCUGGACAACACGGUUCGAUCUUGGGAUCUCAGAGAAGGUCGGCAACUUCAACAGCACGACUUCUCCUCCCAAAUAUUUUCCUUGGGCUACUGUCCAACUGGGGAGUGGCUCGCCGUUGGGAUGGAGAAUUCGAACGUCGAAGUGCUCCACUGCACCAAGCCCGACAAAUACCAACUCCACCUGCACGACUCGUGCGUGCUUUCACUCAAAUUUGCUGCGAACGGCAAGUGGUUUGUGAGCACUGGAAAAGACAACCUGCUAAAUGCGUGGCGUCAGCCGUAUGGUGCGAGCAUAUUUCAAAGCAAAGAGUCGUCGUCUGUGUUGAGUGUGGAUAUUAGUACCGAUGAUAAGUACAUUGUCACCGGAAGUGGAGACAAGAAGGCUACCGUCUAUGAAGUUAUUUACUAAUAAUAUAUUUGAUACCUACCGUACAACCAUGCAAGCUACAUACAUGAAACCAACCAACCACAUAUAUGAUGAACUAAAUAAGAGGAAUAUUCAACGUUCAAUACAACUAUACAUACAUACAAGACUUUGUACUUGAAUUGUUAUAAUUAUUAAAAACAUUUCGUGAUGCUAAAAAAUACCCAGAAACAAAAAAAUGAAAGAAAACAACUCCCACAAUUGCUCUGCGAUAUUUUUGUAGAAUAGAUUUUGUAAAAAUCCGACAAUCUGUAAUCCAAAACUGGUCAGAAUUUGUGAAACUUGUAGCUUUUUGUGUAACUUUAAUUAAUGGGACCUUCAGCAUAUACUACGUGCAUACAUAUAAUAUAAUUUUUGAGAAAGUCUGAUUUUAGCUAACUUAAUUUUGAUGAUUACGAAUGAUCAUAAAAAUGAAUUAUUAUUGUUUUUAUAAGAUAUGCAUUUACAAGCUUGUUGUAAUUUGGACAUGACAUGAUACUCAUGAAUGCAUAAGUCAAAUUAUUAAGUAGGCCGUGUAGAUCGUAAACCAGGUUGGACAUUUUGCAUAACAAAUAAUACUUUUAAACUGUUCCCUUGCAGUAAAAUUCAUAAUCUAAUUUAUGAUACAAAUUUAACAUUGCUACAACAUAUGUAUUUACAUAAAUAGUAAGAAAUAAGGAAAUUAAAUAGUAUAACCUUUCUUGAUUUUUAA